CGCAAAAAAUGCCCUUUGCUUGCUUCAUUGCUCCAUCUCCAACUCCCUCUCCCUCUCCCUCUCCCUCUUCCUCUCCUCCUCUCCAAUGCCACCGUUCCCGAGAGGAGCAACCUCCUCCUCCUCCUCCCUCCACCAUCUCCAUCGUCUCCAUCUCCAUCUCCAUCUCCAUCUCCAUCGUCUCCUCCGCAGCUUCGCAACCUCGGCGGUGGGCUCCGUGUGGAGCUUCGGCGACAACAGCAAUGGCGCCGUGGGGGGGCUCCCCCCGCUCGUCGACGCCUACGAGCCCCUCAGAGUCCCCUCCCUCCCCUCCUUUGCGAUCGCCUCCCUCGCCGUCGGCCACUACCACUCCCUCGCCAUCGCCGCCGACGGCCACCUCUGGUCCUGGGGCCGCAACGCCGAGUCCCAGCUCGGCCGCCCCUCCCUCAGAGAAACAUGGAGCAUUCCUCAAAGGGUCGUAGGAUUGGAUAACGUGAAAGUUCGGGCUGCUGCUGCAUCAGGUGUUGUUUCUGCCGCUAUUGGUGAUGAUGGUUCUUUGUGGGUAUGGGGAAGAUCCAAGCGCGGCCAACUUGGUCUUGGCAGAGAAAUAACAGAAGCUACAAAACCUUGUAGAGUAGAGGCACUUGCAGGGCAUGAUGUAGUUAAGGUCUCAUUCGGAUGGGGACAUGCAUUUGCGUUGACUAAGGACGGAAAAAUAUUUGGCUGGGGUUAUUCAGAAGAUGGGAGGUUAGGACAAAUGGGGCAAAUAUUUGAUGCAACUUCUAAGCAACCACCUGAUUUGGACAAACACAGGGACAAAUCCAAGUCUAUGCUAGAAAUUGCUGAGGAACUUGUCGCGGAAAGAAUAGAGAGAGAGGAUAACAUGCCUAUCAUCUGGGAACCAUCUCUCAUUCGGGAACUGAGUGAUAUUAACGUGUCCGAUGUAUCUUGUGGGCUCGACCAUUCUCUUGUUCUAUGCUGUGAUGGAACUCUUUUGAGCUGCGGAGACAAUACAUACGGCCAGUUGGGCCGUACAACUGAAGGAUCAAAGUUGCUCCCCGUCGAAACAAACUUCAACUUUAAACCCCUCUCAGUAUCAGCAGGCCUUGGCCACUCUUUACUUUUAUGCAAGACGGAAUCUGAGCAUGAAAACGAAUCCAAUGCAGUUCUUUCCUGGGGAUGGAAUCGAAGUUCUCAGCUCGGUCGACAGGGCCAAGAAGGCAUUCCACUAUUAGUCGAGGGCCUGAGUGGAGAAGAUCCAAUUGCUGUGUCGGCGGGCCGGGUUCAUUCGAUUGCUCUAACUUCAAAGGGUGAAGUGUGGGUGUGGGGGUCGGGCCGGAACGGCCGGCUAGGGCUGGGGAGCUCGACGGACGAGGUGGAGCCUGCGCUUUUAGAGUGUUUAGAAGGGUUUCAGGUUUUGCAAGCGGCGGCAGGGUUCGACCAUAAUCUGCUACUUGUUGCUGAAUAGUUCAAGUUGCUUGUGGAGAGUGCAGACUUCCUCAACUACAGACCAUUUUGAAGUAAGCACCUUUCUUACCUCUCCUUUUUUUUCCUGUAAUUGACAGCACCUCAACUUUCUCUUGCUUCAUUUUGAGUUGGUUCCGGCUGAGCUGGGGAUUCUGGUGAAUUAACAAAAACUUCUUUGACGAUUCGAAAGAAAAGGCAGAAAAUCAUUAUCAAUUUUUACAGAAUCCCCAAUUAAUUGACGAAACAAUUCAAAUCGAAACAAGCCGAAGUUGAUGAGGAGUUUCGAUAAAAAAAAAACAGAAAAAAACGAAAAAGAAAAAAACUUGGGGAGGCCUUUUGCGAAUUGGCCUAUAGUUGAGGGGGUCUUUGUAUAUUUUCAGCUUCUUCUUGUCAUCUAUUGGAUGACUAUAAGGGCUUGUUUGUUUCACCGAAACUGGACCUUGGGUUGAAAUGGAGUUCAGAUAAAAAACUAUUUUUUUUCUGCUA